CGUCGGCCCUCAUCAGCCUCUAAUAUGGCGUACCAUUCCUACCCUUCACCUGACGACAGUCAGUCACCCUCUUCAUCGGCAAAUGUGUCUCCAGAAACGCAUACCCUUCCCCUUGACUUCCUCCCAUCAGGAGAAGACACCGACCAGAGUGCUCACAGCACCCCCGCGCGCACAACCGUAAACCUCCCUCGAGCUCAGAACGCUGGCAAAGGUGGAUGCUGGACGUGCCGCGUUCGACGGAAGAAAUGCGAUGAACAGCGAGAAGGCGACUCCUGCAAAACGUGUCGACGGCUGACGAUUAAAUGUCUGGGUUGGGGCGCAAAGCGGCCCGACUGGAUGCGCGACAAGAAGAACGUCGAUGCGUAUAAGGCCAGUAUCAAGGCCCAGCUAUCGCGAGCUGGCCUCAUCCGAGGUCAACCACGGCACAACCCCAUGCAGUCGCCCAACCAACGAUCCCACCCCCGCCAUUCUACCUCUUCAACGAGAUCCUCCGCCUCAUCACGCACAUCUGAGCCCGUUUCCGUACCACCCACACCACCCACACCACCUCCCGUCAAUAUUAGCAAUCUCGACUUUCCAGGCUUCAACCAAUUCCCUGAUGUCCCCUUUCCCCAAAACGAGAGUGGACUGAUGGCCGGCAUGUCCAAUGCAUCUUCUAACGGUUUUGAUCAAUUGGGAAAUGCCUACAACGAUAUUAACUUGAAUGCAUUUGACCCAUCACUUGUAUACCCUUACUCACCCGCCUCCAUGUCGUCUGGUUCUUCUCCCUACAUGGUUGACCCCCUCCUUGACCCCUCCUUCUCGUUGUUCCCCUCCGAUGUCAUGUCAUACCCCGAGCAAUCGUCCCUGCAGUCCUAUGGGAUGUCGCACAGCUCGAGCCCCAUGUAUAACGACCUGAUGAUGCACUACUUCAACGUAGUGUCCAAGAUUCAGUUCACCUUCGCUGGCAACCAGGUCUCUGGGAUGACAUAUAACGUUGUAUACCAGGAUACCCGAGGUGCUCCUGCAUAUGCCAUCUACGCUCUUGCAGAUCUGCACCAAACGCAAAUGCGGAUCUCGCAGGGCUUGGAAGCCCCACAAAGCAACCAGGCCUCGACAGCCAACUAUCUGUACCAGGAGGCCUUGUUUAAGCUGAAGUCUAACCGCGACAACGGCAACGGCUGGGGGGAGAGCGACGCCAUCGCUGCACUCCACCUGAUCAGCUAUUCGCACUUAUCUGGUGGCAGCGCGGAUUGGCAAGAGCCCUUCGAUAUCCUUUGCUCGUGGCUGUUGCAGUCCAACCUCUCCGUCGCAGGUCCUAACAGCAAAGCCAUCUACCAAUCAUUGACCGGACCAUCCCAACUCUUGGUCAGGAUGAUCAUGUGGCUCGACAUCUUCUCUAGCUUGUCGCUGAACAGAGUCCCCAAGUUCCUCAACCUCUGGAAAUCGCUGUUGGACCCUCAGCAAGGCUGCCCCCAAUUAUUGGACAUGGCAUCACUCACCGGCUGCUCUGAGGAUACCCUCCUCGCCAUUGCAGAGAUCUCCCAGCUUGCAAACUGGAAGUCGAUGCAGAUUCGCAACGGGACGUUGAGCUACCCAGAGCUUGUCACCCGGGGCAAGAAAAUCGAAGAGAACAUUCGACGGUAUCAGUCAAUACAUGCCGAGAUGUCUCGUAACUUCGGCCCCGUCGAGCAGCUUCAUGAAGGCGAUACACCUUCGCAGGCUCAUCAAGCGGCAUGCGUGUCACUUUUCCAGGAAGCUUCCCUCCUCUAUUUGCACACCAUUCUCAGCAACUCCAGCCCUGAUUUGCCAGGGGUUCCUGAAAUCGCAGGAUCGGUCGACGAGAUAGUGAGACAACUCGGUCUCCUACCUUCGUCGAACCUGGAUCGCGCUCUCGUGUAUCCGAUCUGUCUGGCGGGCUGCAUGACCAAUGACUCUACGAAAAGGGAUUAUUUGAAGGGCCGGCUGCAGGGCUUGAACGAGACUUACGGAAAUCUGCUGCAGACGAGACUGCUGAUGGAGACUCUGUGGCAACGACGCGAUGUUGGUGGUGGAACGCCUGAUUUGCGAGAGAUCAUUCAAGAGCAAAGCAUCUCAUUAUUGCUCAUCUAA